AUGGUCCCUCCGCCCAGACCAGGAACAUUCUCGCCAAACCCGACUGCACAGCCCAUCUACACCGGCAUCAAUCACUCUCCUCAUCCCUCACACGCUGGUGCGCUGAGUGCGGCUGCCAGCCCCAGUACCAGCAGCCCCACUGGGUCCAACUCCCUGACCAAGAUUGCAGUCGCCCAGGUUUACCUUCUGUUGAGCACUAUUAAGGAGGAUAAGGACGAUCCUCGGAAGUGGGAGUCGCAGAUUGAGUCGCUACGGAAGCUUAUCGAUGACCACGGAAUGGAUGUGUACACGAGAUACUUCGCGCGACUGGUGGCUUCCAAUGCCGGCCAGAUAUUCCCCGGCCUUAACAGGCCGGUGACGAACCCAGGAAAUUACCACCUCCUGGUGGCUGAGAUGCAGAAGUUGUCCCACGACUUCUCGCAGGCUCGUAAAAUUGCCGAAUCCAUUGAAACUGGCACCGAGGACAUUUUCCGAGACUUUGAUCUCUCCACCUUUAUGGAGCACUUCCAGCUGGAUGCCCUCGAGAAGACGCUUCUUGCCCUUGCGUUUAAACUAGGCAACCGACCCGAUCUGCGGGCCAGAGCCGAUGCCAUUCUGUCGACAAACUAUCCUACCUUUGUCAACAUCCUGAGCAGGGCCAACGGAAAGCAUGCCGACCUCCACCCGGAUUUCGUUGCCGAGCUUCUCGACCGCUUCAUCCAGGUCCAUCCUCCCAACUUUAAUGCGGCUGCUAAGCGCGAGUUGGAACACAAGGUGCAACUCAGAUACGCGCAGUCACCCGAGGCCAAGCCGCCCCCUUCGCAAGUCCUUGCUGCCCUUGACCUCAUUCGCCUGCUCGCCGAAAAGCCUCCUAAUGCGCUGGUUCUAUACAUUCACCGCACCGGACCGAACUUCACUGCUGACGAGGAAUCCUGCUAUGGUUUCCUCCAGAACCGACCCCCGAACGUUCACCUCAGUGAAGAGCAGGUCUCGAUGGCGCUGAUGUACACAACUAUUAGCCAGACGCCGCACCACAACCCUUCCGUUCUCGUCGCUGCCCUUCGACGUAUCCUUCCCAAAGACUUCAGCUGGCAAAAUGUCGUCUCGUACUUCGACCACAGUGGCACUAGGGUAACUUCGGCACAAUUCUUGCGCCUGUAUAAUGCCCUCCUACCAAUUGCUCUCGAGGACGGCGACAAUUUCAACAUCACGCGGCUUUGGGGCGGAGAGUGGGAAAAUCCCGAGACCCAGCUUUCUUUCAUAUGUGCCUUCGCAUCCCUCAAGCCCGAGCAGUUGGAUGCCAGUACCAUUCCCGGUCUCAAACAGACCUUUACGAUUGAGGAGUACGCCGAGGCUCCUCAGUCGGUCAAGGAUACGGCGGCGUAUGCUGUUAGACAUCCGCUUGUUUCAGAGGCCGCUCUCUCUGCUGUUUUCAAUGUCGCCCUCCACUCGACUCACGCCUCCCAGAGCACAGAGGCCAGGCGUUUGUUCCAGGAUGUUGUUGUUCCGAACCUCGCUAUCUUUGUUGUGUCGGCCUUCGGAGUGCCAAAACCUUGGCCUAUCAUGGCGGGAGAGACUUUGGUGUCCCUGUUCGACGGCUUCCUGAGCAGGUCUGCUGAGUCGGACUUUGUGAUGUACAGCCUUUGGAAACGGGAUAAAGAAUGGGUCAAGCAGCGGCUCAUCGAUGCCCAUGUCCUCAAGCCCAUCUGUCUGCCCUUAAUAUUCGAUCACGCAGUCAGGCAGGGCUGGCUCGAUGAGCUUGUCUACCUCCCUAAUGGCUUCGGUCUUGACCUCACAGCCCUUGCGCAUGCCGAAGGCUAUCUGGACUUACAAGAAUGGGCACGGAGAAAUGCCGACCGCAGCAACGAAAUGGCACGAACCCUUCUCCAGUUUUUAAUGAUCAAAGCGAACUUCGAACUAAACUACCAGCGUCCUCCUGAGGGCCAGCCUCCUGUCAAAGCCAGCACGCCCCUUCAAGUUAAGACGGUCCACGCCUUGCUCCAGAUCCUGGAAGAGUGGCUACCGAAGACGCCGGUCCCUGAAUUGAUCAUAGUCCAAAGGACCUGUAUCACUAUGUAUCCUCGCCUCAUCAACUACGGAGAAGGCUUUGACGACAUCAUCGAUGCCAACGGGCGAGACGGCAAUGCACUUCCCCCGGCUGCUAACGCCAAGAUGGAAGAGCACUAUAAAAAGAUGUAUAGCGAUGAGAUCCAAGUCCGCGACGUCGUCCAGAUUCUGGAGCGGUAUAAGCGUUCGCGCGAUCCUCUUGACCAGGAUAUCUUCGCUUGCAUGAUUCAUGGUUUAUUCGACGAAUAUGCACACUACGUCGACUAUCCGCUCGAGGCUCUGGCUACCACGGCCGUUCUCUUCGGUGGCAUCAUCUCGCACCGACUAAUUUCCGACCUGCCGCUCCAGAUCGGGUUAGGGAUGAUCCUCGAGGCCGUUCGUGAUCAUCAUCCCGAUGAGCCCAUGUUCAAGUUUGGCUUGCAAGCGCUCAUGCAGCUCUUUGGUCGUUUGCGGGAGUGGCCCGGCUUCUGCCAGCAGCUUCUCCAGGUUCCUGGCCUUCAGGGGACAGAAGCCUGGAAAAAGGCGGAGGAAGUUGUUCGCGAACACGAAGAGGAGCUGGCACGUCAGCGCAACGGUGCUGGUAUUGCUCAUUCUGGCGGAGCUGGGAAUGAUAAUAAGCUAGCUAAUGGUAACGCGGAUGAUGGAACUGGAUCGGAACAGCAUUAUCCUCCAUUCGCCUCGGUCAACGUCGACCCUCCCCCGCCUGGUGUUGUCUAUGAGGAUCCCAGCGAAGAGGUGCAGGGCAAGGUCCAAUUCGUUCUCAACAACCUUACCGACAAGACCAUGAAGUCCUCUUCUAAGGAGCUCAAGGGAAUGCUGGAAUCAAAGCACUAUCAAUGGUUCUCCAUGCACUUGGUCGAGGAACGCGCCAAAAUGCAACCGAACUAUCACAACGUUUAUAUUGAGCUCGUGAAGCAGUUCGAGGACAAGAAGCUAUGGGCUGAAGUUUUGAGACAAACGUUUGUCAGCGUCCAGCGCAUGUUGAACUCAGAAUCAACUAUGCAGAACUCGACUGAGAGAAAUCAUCUCAAGAACCUGGCUGGCUGGCUCGGACUCUUGACCCUUGCCCGUGACAAACCUAUCAAGCACAAGAACAUUGCCUUCAAACAACUGCUCAUCGAGGCGCACGAUACGAAGCGUCUGGUUGUCGUCAUCCCAUUCGUUUGCAAGGUUCUCAUCGCCGGCGCAAACUCGAACGUUUUUAAGCCUCCCAAUCCUUGGUUGAUGGACAUCAUCCACCUCUUAAUUGAACUUUAUCACAACGCAAGCCUCAAGCUUAAUCUAAAGUUCGAGAUUGAGGUCCUUUGCAAGGGUCUGAAUCUAGACCACAAUACCAUUGAGCCAUCGGGUGAGAUUCUCAACAGGCCUCCUGCCGAAGAAGUUAGCGGCGACAUGCUGCAUCCUGAGGGCCUCGAGAACUUCGAGAACCUGUCGUUGAAUGGCAUGCCGGGUGUUAAUACAACCCUUGCAUCUCAUCCUGCAAUCACCAUUCCCGACUUGGGCCCUAGCCUGACAAUCCCUCAAACUGAGGUCGUCAAUACUGCCAAGCUGCACGAGAUCGUCCGCCAGGCUCUGACGCGCGCCCUCCAAGACAUCAUCCAGCCAGUCGUCGACCGUUCUGUCACGAUUGCGGCAAUCUCGACACACCAAAUGAUUCGAAAGGACUUCGCUACGGAACCGGAUGAGAACCGAGUGCGCACAGCCGCUAUCAACAUGGUGAAGUCGACUGCAGGGAGCUUGGCAUUGGUUACGUCCAAAGAGCCACUGCGGGCCAACUUUGCCAACUAUUUGCGGAAUCUCUCGGCCGAGCUUCCUCAGGGGCUGCCUGAGGGCAUUAUUAUGCUCUGCGUCAAUUCUAACCUUGACUUGGCUUCAAGCGUGAUUGAAAAGUCUGCCGAAGAGCGCGCCGUCCCAGAGAUCGAGGAGAUGCUCGAGCCUGAGCUAGAAGCUAGACGUCGCCACCGUCUCACCCGCCCGAACGAGCCGUACAUUGAUCACGGCCUAAGCCGCUGGGCGAUGACAAUCCCCCAUCCCUACAAGCUUCAGCCUAGCCUGCACGGUCUGAAUGCCGAGCAAAUGGCGAUAUACGAUGACUUCGCGCGUGGGACAAGGAUGAACACUGCCGGUACUGUUCCUGCCCAUGUCUCGACCGCAUCGGAUACCCGGUCGAUCGCGAAUGAAGCCUUGAGCGAUCAGUACAGUGGAGUCAGCACUAUGCCGACUCCCGCCGAGACACCGGCCAUGCCUCAUCUUGGUGCACAGAUGCAACACUAUCCUCAAGCGCAUAUGGGCCUGUCUAACGGGCGACCGACAGGCCUCAACCAAAUCGAUUCCAGGGCUGUUGCCGAGCGGAUCAACAAGUACCUGGAGCAGUUGACUGCUGCCGCCACCAGCGCUACGGAGGAGCAUUUCAACGAGCUUCCUAGGCCUCACGCUGUCCUGGAUAUCAUCGAUGCGCUGAUCCAACUAAUUAUUAAGGCUCAGCAAACCUCCGAGGAGUUUGCUAUUUAUGCCCUGCAGCAGAUUUCACAGCUCCUCUUCCGCCAGCCCGAGGGCACGCUCCUGCUGGAGAGCUUGGUCCAUGUCCUUGAGACGAUCCGCAAGAUUGCAGGUCCCCAGGUCAGCGAGCAAGUCCGCCAGUUGUUCCAUCAGCAACCCGGUCACCUGUUCUUGAGCCUUUCUCUCAUCGCUGCACUGCUUGGCACCGAUCUUCUUGAUUGGAAGAACAUCGAUAUGGCCAUGGCAAAGGCACUAGAACAGCGCAAGGAGGGUUCUAUCGAUUUUCUCGAGCAGCUGAUGGAUCUCGUGCUUCUGAACGAUACUCCGCUGGCGCUCUUCACGGACUUUGUUCGGAGCUUGGAGGCAGCAUGGGCAUGGAUUGUGGAGGAUCCUGACCUACCUGCCGCACAGCGGUUCAAGGCCAAGGUGCGGGCUCAACUCCCCGAGCCUCCCGCAGCGAAUUUGUCGAAGGAAGAGCAUGCAGCCCACCUGCUUGAACAGAUGGAAUAUGUGUUCGAUGAGUGGAUUCAUCUCUGCAACAACCCUCAUGCCACCGAACGGGCUGCCAUGAUCUUUGUGCACCAACUGCAUUCGGUUCAGCUGGUCACCAAUCGUGACGAGUUCUUGCUCUUCCUCCGUCAUGCCUUGGACAAGUCGGUGGAGCGGUUCGAACAAGGCAUUCAUUCCGGUGCUAGCAUUGCGGAAAGCUUCCAAGCUGUUGAGGCCCUGGUCAAGCUCAUCAUCAUUUUCGUCAAGUCCCACCAAGACAGCGAGGAUAAGGACCCGUCUGCUGCCGUGGCCUUCAUGGAUUCGAUUCUUGCCUUGGGCGUUUUGGUCGCCAACAGCCACCACGUCAAGCGCGGCGAAAACUUCAAUCAGCGCGUUUUCUACCGCUUUUUCGCCCUCCUACUCCAUGAGGUGGGACUACUGGCUGGGCAUUUCUCCAAGUCCCACUACGAGCAGAUCAUCCUCAACUUCGCCGCUCGGCUCUUCGACAUGCGGCCAAACCUCCUUCCCGGGUUCGCCUGCGCCUGGGCUGGUCUUGUGAGUCACCGUGCUUUCCUCCCGGUCAUCCUUGGUCUGCCGGAUGAGAAAGGCUGGGCUCCAUUCACCAAGCUGCUCGAACAAUUCCUUGGCUGCGUUGGCGAGCUGGUUAAGACUUUCACCGUCUCCUCCUUGGGCAAGGAAAUGUAUCACGCCGCGCUGAAGAUUCUGAUUGUUCUCCAACAUGACUUCCCGAUUUACCUGGACAAGUUCCGCGUGCAGUUGUGCCAGAGCCUGCCACUCCACGCUACCCAGCUUGUCAACUUGAUCCUAGCGGCCAUUCCUCCGAACUGCAACAGCCUGGCUGAUCCUUUCCAGGCAGGCCUCAAGGUAGACAAGAUUCCUGACAUGAAGGAGCGCCCUCCCACCGCGUUCGACUCUGCGGGCCUGCUGCGCGAAGCUGGUCUUCUCGACAUAUUGGAAAGGAUGCUUCAGAAUGGCCCCUCAGAAGAUGGUGUUGCCCAGAUCAACCAUGCAAUCAACAAGUCCGACGGCGAGUCAACAAGUUUCGGCUAUGUUCCCCUGGGCGUGAACCGCCGCCUGAUUGAUGCAGUAGUGGCGCGUUUUGCUGAGUUCGCUAUCAAUCGGGCUUCAUCCCGCAGCGAUUCAGCCAUCUUCGUUGCCGGUGCCAACGACAUUAAGACCCUGCAGAUGCUAGUUACCGAGGUUUCUCCCGAAGCUCGGUACUACCUGGUUUCAAGCAUGGUAAAUGAGUUGCGGUACCCAAAUGCGUACACCAACUACUUCAGCCAGGCCCUCCUGGACAUCUUUGGUCACGAUAUGUCCGACCCAGAGGAGAAUCUGGUUCGUGAGCAGAUCGUUCGCGUGCUGUUGGAGCGUGUUCUUGGGUACUGGCCGCAGCCAUGGGGUCUCAUCAUCACUAUCCUUGAGCUGCUCAAGAACGACAAGUACCUGUUCUUUGAGCUGCCCUUCAUCAAGGCCACCCCGGAGGUUGCUGAGAGGUUCACUGCUUUGGCUCGCUCAGCUGCUUAG